CCUCUUCAAACCAAGUUCAUCACAAAAACAAACAAAGAGAAUCUAUCUAUCUAUCUACAUAUUUAACCGACACCAUCCUCAUCAUGGAUCAAAAGAAAUCUAACAAAAUAAGAGAAAUUGUUAGACUUCAACAGAUCCUUAAGAAAUGGAGAAGAAUAGCAAACUCAUCCAAAACCACAACCACAACCACAACAACAACCUUAAACCACAGCCUCACUAGAAGCAAAAGCAUGAAGUUUUUGAAAAGAACACUUUCCUUAUCAGAACGCGAAGUAACAACAACAAUAACAUCCUCAAACAAUGGUUCUGUUCCAAAAGGCUAUUUAGCGGUUUGUGUUGGAGAAGAGCUCAAGAGGUUUAUCAUACCAACUGAAUAUUUGAGUCAUCAAUGUUUCAUGAUACUUUUGAGAGAAGCUGAGGAAGAAUUUGGGUUUCAACAAAUUGGUGUUUUGAGAUUUCCUUGUGAAGUUUCGGUUUUUGAGAGUGUUUUGAAGAUGGUUCAAGAAUGUAGAUCAAUUAGCAUUGAAGAAAUGAUGGGUUAUUGUUCUUUGGAAAAUCAACUUGCUUGUUCUCAUCAUCCUCAAAGUCCAUUGUGUAGAUAGUUUCAUUAAUAUUAUUUCAUGUUGCAAAUUUUUUAUCCUUCUUAUUUAUCUUUUUUUUUUUUCUUUUUCUUCUUCUCCCAAAAAAAAAAUUGUAUGAGAGAAUGAUAGAGAAUCCAUUUGGACUUUCAUUGUUAAUCUUUUGUUCUCUCUCAUUAUAAUUACAUGUGUUUUUUUAUAUUUGUAAUGCUAU